AUGAAGUUCCUAAUCAUUUCCUUGGCUGUAGUCGCUACGUCUGUCGCUGUCCCCCAAGGCUAUAAUCUAGCAGCGCCCUCCGGAAGAGGAUUUUCACAUGGCGCUCAAGGUGGAGGAGGUGGAUUCUCUGGAGGAAGUGGGUUUUCAGGUGGUGGAGGUAGAUUUUCAGGCAGUGGAGGAAGUGGAAUCUCAGGCGGUGGAGGUGGAUUUUCAGGCAGUGGAGGAAAUGGAUUCUCAAGUGUCGGAGGUUCUUCAUCUGGACAAGGUUUUGGGGGCGGAGGUUCCGGAGGAGCCUGCGGAGAAGGAGAGAUUCUGCACGUAGAUGGAUCAUGCGUCGUUCCCAUCGUUUCAAGAAAUGUGUUCGUUUAUGACGCUCCCGAACAGCCUCAAGGGGAAAGCGGACCACCACCAAGUAUUCCCCCACCGAGGGUUGAUCACAAUAUUCUGUUCGUACGCAUUCCUGAAGAAGGUCCAGGACCCGAACCCAUCAUUGUUCCACCACCAAAACAGGAAAGCAUUGUUUAUGUCCUGAACAAGAGCGGAGGUGACGGAGGACAACGCGUGAUCGAGGUGACAGCUGCUCCUCCUUCAAAUCCUGAGGUAUAUUUCGUUAACUACGAAGAGGGAGAAAAUCCAACCCUUCCUAUUGGAGUGGAUCUUCAGACUGCUCUCCAGGCAGCUGCUGAAGCAGGCGGUCAGGUCAUUGGAGGUUCCAGUGGUGGUGGAGGAGGAAUUGGCAGUGGUUUCGGAGGCGGAUCCGGUGGUGCUGGAGGAUUUGGAGGCGGUUCCGGUGGUGCUGGAGGAUUUGGAGGCGGUUCUGGAGGUGCUGGAGGAUUUGGAGGCGGUUCUGGAGGUGCUGGAGGAUUUGGAGGCGGAUUUGGUGGCAGCAGGAGUAGUGCCGGUGGUUUUGGUGGUAGUGGAGGAGCUGGUGGUUUUGGUGGCAGUGCAGGUAGCGGAAGUGGUUCAGACAGUGGUCUGUAUGGUCCUCCAUCUUAAAGACCUUUUUCUAAAUGGAG